CAAUCACUUCGGCUAGGACACCCAGAUUCUCCAUUGCCGACUUUGCAGCUCAUGGCUAGUUCAACUGCCCCGAGGGUGCUUCGGUCCUGGAAACCGUCGCAUUACAUGAAGUUUGGAUCGCAGCGCUUGCGGCCUGCGUUGGACCUCCUCCAGCUCGUCCAUGAAAUGCCAUCUGCCGCCAACGUGGUGGAUUUGGGCUGUGGCCCUGGCAAUAUCACUCCCUUUAUUCGAGACCGCUGGCCCGCUGCGCGGAUUCACUGUGUGGACGCUUCUCAAUCCAUGCUCACGUCAGCGAGGCUAAGCCACGUUGGUCUAGGCCUGGACCGCAUUGAGUACGUUCACGGCAACUUUGAAUCUUUCCGUAGCGACAUUCCGGUGGAUGUCAUCUAUUCAAACGCAGCGUUGCACUGGGUAUCCUACAACGUCCAUGAGACGCUCUUGCCUCGCCUCUUGUCAUUUCUAAAGCCUGGCGGGGCCCUCGCCUUUCAAAUGCCAGACACCCGCCAACAACCCAGCCAUGUUCUUAUGGGCGAAGCGGCCAACCAGCUCAGCUUGGACGUGUCCAACGUGCGGUGGGUCACGACUGAUGUGAAUGCGGACGCGUACUACAAGCUGCUGCGCCCCUUAACCAGGGACAUUCACCUUUGGAGCACUGAAUACGUGUACCAAUUGGAAGCUCAGGAUAACAACAUUCAUCCAGUGGUGGAUUAUGUCUCGUCCACGGGCUUGGCGCCCUACGUGGACGCUUUAACGCCAGCCCAGCGCCCGGCCUUUAUGGACAUAUACCAAGAAUUGAUUGCCAAGGCGUACCCUGUGCAGGAAGAUGGGCGUGUGUUGCUACCGUACAAGCGAUUCUUUUGCGUGGCAGUUCAGAGUUAACUAACAAAUUACGAAGUAGUACUACUAUUAAUAGUAUGUCGUACUAGUAA